GCUAAACAAUAUAUGUACAAUGAAAAUUAUGUUGUUUUUGAACUACUACCACCUUAUGUGAAUUCACCUUGUGCAUGAGUAUGAGUGUGCAUAUGUGUGUAAACCCCGCAAAAAACUUACUCUUUUUGGCAUUUCUAUCAAUAAUUUUUGUUUACUUUCUACAAUUGUGCUAAAAAGAAUGUAUUAAUAAUUUAAUAACAAUAAUUUUUUAGGAAUAAAAUCAAAAUGACCUCCAACACAACUACUCUCCGGCCAGCCUCUGAGGAAGACAAUAGCAAACGUAUACUCACUGCCCAUGAAUAUCGUAAUGUAUGUGAUUUUAUUAACAACUAUCAGGGUUUGCCCAUAGACUGUGAAAUGGAACUGCAAGAUAACUAUCCACAAAUACAGCGUUUAACACUGAAGGCUAUUCUACAAAAUGAACUAACAAAUCGUAUGCGUUCCCAGUAUUGGCGUUAUGAUGCCAAUGCUCAAUUAUAUUUGGACAGGUAUGAGCAAAUGUCUAAAAAUUCUCCUACAGAUAGUAGUAUACUAUUGAAUAUAGCUAGAGAACUAAGAAUUGGUCCGGCUAUGAUGUGUCGUUCUUUAUUGAAAAUGAAAUAUGAUUUUAAUACAAAAAUGCAAUUGACCAAAUUGAUACGUUAUCCUCAUCUAAUCGAAGAUCCUCUGCUCUCCGCUAAUGUAGCACAAUGUUUAUGUAGUGAUUCACAGGAUGGCCCUUUUAUUGAUCUCAAGAGAAGAGUGUUGGGGGAGGAAUAUGAAUUUAAGCUUAAACAAAGAGCCAAUGAGGCUGGUAUGCACUAUUAUGAUGAAAAUGAUCUUAGACGUUUGGGUUAUGACAAAACACCCGAUAUUAAAAUGAUUUUACCAUUUCUGUACAAAGGAGAAGUCAUUAAUUGGAUUGAGAGUAAAGCAAAUUUUGGUGAUGUUAAAACCCACAAAUGGAAUAUACAACAACAACUAAGUAGUUAUUGUAAUAGAUUUGGUUCCGGCAUUAUAAUAUAUUGGUUUGGUUAUCAUGAAAGUACAGCCAAUCUGCCAGAUAAUUCUAUAGGCAUUACAGUUUUAGAUGAUUUUCCUGCUAAAUGUGACAUAGAACUUUUAGAUUUAAGUGAGAAUUUAGAAUCUUCUUUAGAACAAAAAGUUUCAAAUGAAACUAUUGAAGAAACUACAUGAUAUUUA